AUGUGGAACAAGGACGUUCCGGAGACAUGUAUCCUCAGGCUGAUCUCACCAAAGCUGGGCUCAGGGCACGGCACAUCCCAGCGAGCCAUAACUAUCGAGCACAGACCGCCGCAAGUUGACAGGCGUUGCGAGUCUGCACUUGAAGACAUCAUCGUCGUCGCCGAGCAGCCAGCCAGUCUUAAAGUCGACCGCCCGCAUGCCCUCCAGCUCUUAGCUAAGGCACUCGUUCUUCGCGCCGUCCACCAUCGCUCCCGCAUAGCGCUCACCUGCUCGAUCGCCAAUCUGCCGAAUUCAAGUUGCCGACCCUGCUCCCCGCACCUUGCCGCGACAUCGCAAGUGUCGCACCCCGCGAUCGACCUGGCUCCCCUGCGCUACCAUCCCGCCACUGUUCCUUUCGCCGCCUCCGCCGACGACGAUGGGGACUUCCAGCACCCGAGAGUAGCGUCGGUCCUCGGCGUCCCCAGACGAUACCGGUUUCCGUUGUUGGUCUGUCGGGGGCUGUCGAUAGGCCCGAGUCUGUUCGGUCUUGCUAGAUGCAUCUACGAAGCGUGGAACUCGAAGGCGGGACAGGAUUUUGUCUGCGCAGAGGUCGAGUUGUGGCUGGCGGCCGUGUGGCUCUCGGCGAUGAUACCAUCUUCAUCAGCUAAUCCGACCUAG